AUGAAACUGUUCAUCUCCCUCGCCCUCACUCUCGCGCCGCGCGCGACGGCCCGCUUGGCGAGGUACGCGCGGAACUCGACGAGUCACCCCGGCCGCUGUGACCGGAACGUGUUUGAACGGGAGUUCUACCUCCUCGCCAAGGGACUCGAGCCCACGUCGGACAAGGUGACGGCCCAUUCGUAUGAGACGAUGUACGGCACGUUCGUAUAUCCACUGAAAUUCGCGGCCCAUACGCCCAGAAUCUUAGAGAUCGGCCUCGGUUGUAACAUGGAUUACGGCCCGGGGGCGUCGGUGAAGGCGCGAAGCGGCGUCGGUCUUCGACUCGAGGUCCCCCCAGGAGAUCCGUUGUACCCCCGCAGAUAUGGCGCCAGCUCCUGCCCUACGCCGAGCUCUGGGAGGCUGAAUACGACGCCGCGUGCGUCGAAAAAGCGCGCGCGAAGGGCCAGCUCGAGGGUAUCAAGACCGUCACGGGCGACCAGGGCGACUUCGCCGUCCUCAAGCGCUGGGCCGAGGAGAUCGGCGGCGAGUUGGACGUCAUCAUCGACGACGGCGGGCACCGGUGUGGAAAUCAAAGCUUCAUUUCGAGACGCGUUACAUUCGACUCAUAAACCGUCCACAGGCGGACACAAGAACUCCCAGAUCGGGCACUCGUUCGACGUCCUCUGGCCGCUCGUCCGCAACGGUGGGGUUUACGUUAUCGAGGACCUCCAGGUCGGCCGGUUCAAGAGUUACGGCGGGGAAAAAAUUAACUACGAGGACACGAAGGGCCGGGGCGUCAUGGCCGACAAAAUCAAGGACUGGAUCGAACAGCUCGUAACGAUUCCCCGCGUAUUCAAGCACACGAAGGGCCGUGGAUUCGAGCACAAGAUCCCGGACGACGUCUCCUUCGUCUACUGCCAACUGGAGGCCUGCGUCAUCGGCAAGCGCAAUCGCCACGUCGAGGGUAGUCGUCCGGGUCUCCCAGGGCACGACUUCCCGGGGCGGCGCUGA